AUUUCAUGCGUGAAAACGAAACAACAAAUUGACGAUGUUCUGUUCCUCUUAAAUCUCUGUCUUUUCCAUUACUCUUCCGCACAGGACUUUCAAGUCCCAAAUCCAUAUCACAUUUCGCAUCAUUCACUGUUAUCCAUCCACAUGUUUUCGCAUCAUUCAUAAAACCUUUCUCUUAUCUUGAGUUUUUGUUACUUCAAUUUGCAAUGAUUCAAUUACAACAAUUCAUAGUAGUAACCUAAUCCAAUCAAAUUAAUCAUGCAAGCAGUGCGGUUAUCAGUUUUAGUUCCAUAUUACAAUUCCAGAUUUUCCAAAUCACUUUCAUACAGACACAGUGGGAAGAGUAGCUAUGUCAUUUGUUCCCAAAACAAUCAUGAUGAGGAUGGAUUUUACAUGAGGAAAAGCGUCGAGCUUGCCAGAAAGGGUUUGGGAUACACAAGCCCCAAUCCAUUAGUAGGAUGUGUUAUUGUCAAACAUGGCCAAAUUGUUGGCCAAGGUUUUCAUCCUAAACCUGGUCAACCUCAUGCUGAGGUCUUUGCUCUGAGAGAUGCUGGUGAUUUGGCAGAGAAUGCAACCGCGUAUGUCAGUUUAGAACCUUGUAAUCAUUUUGGGAGGACUCCACCUUGUACUGAAGCUCUCAUUAAUGCUAGAGUUAAAAAGGUUGUUGUUGGGAUGGUGGAUCCAAAUCCUAUUGUGGCUUCCAAAGGGGUGGAUAGAUUGAGAGGUGCUGGAAUUGAAGUUGUUGUUGGUGUUGAGGAAGAAUUGUGUAAGGGCAUCAAUGAGGCCUAUAUUCAUCGCAUGUUGGCCGGAAAGCCUCUGCUUACUUUGAGGUAUUCUCUUUCUGUCAACGGGAACUUGUUGGACUCACUUGGGAAUGGAGUUACCGACUCUGGUGGAUACUAUUCUAAGCUAUUACAAGAAUAUGAUGCAAUUAUACUGUCUUCUUCCUUAGUCGGCAAAAGUUUUUCAGUAGACUCGGUACCUUUAUCUCAAGAACCUGGAGCUAAUCAACCUAUUCGGAUCAUAAUGCAUAAAGAUUCUGGUUCUUCAAAUCAAAUGCCAUUAGUCAUCAAUGAUAAUAAAGCGGUAAUCUUUACAGAUAGUAGAACAGCGACAACUCCUGAAGAGACUCAACAAGGAAUUGAAACUGUAUCUGUUGAUAAAAUAAAUCUGGAUGUGAUCUUGGAUUAUUGUAAUCGUCAAGGAUUGUGCAGUGUUCUGUUAGAUAUGAGAGGGAAUUUCAGUGAACAUGAAGAGCUUGUUAAGGAGGGUGUUAAGAAGAAGUAUAUCAAUAAAUUUGUGACAGAAAUUUUGCCAGUUUGGGAUGGAUGUAAUCAGAAUGAUCCUUUAUUGCCAUUCAAGAACUUAGAUCAAGGAGUAAAAGUGGAAAAUUUACGCCCGAUGGCAUCGGCUCAAAGUGUUGUAAUUGAGGGAUAUUUGAAUUUUAAUUAAUUGGAUCAAAAAAUGCUCACAAUUCCUAUUAAUUAUUCUUUCUGUGAUAUGCUUUUACAUGGCAUUUUGUGCUCGUGUAGAAUAAAUCUUAACGGCAGUUUUUGCAUUUUACUUGGUGGAAACUCAGGGUAUUAUGCUAUGAGCGAUUAUCUUUUGCUUGCAUUUAUUAGUGACCACAUUUUUUCUGAGCUGGAAGGUGUUGCUUGUGUGCUGCAUUUUUCAUUUUUCAUGUGGACUCUAAACUGUUGAUAUGAGCAGUUUGAUUUUUGAUCUGGAUUCUGGAUAGUUUGUGUAACAGACUCACAAAAAAAGUACUUAAUUUAAGCUUCAUUUUA